AUGGACAUGAUCUUACGCAAAGCCGAGAAUGGAACUAUUCUCUAUUUGACUGCUGUUCUCCUGGCACGCUUUUGCGCGAUAUGGACCGUACUUAGCCUGGGAUGCGUUCAGUGGAUCAUGCAAACUAUUACCCGAGGAGAAAUGCGAGAAAAAUACGGCAUUGAAGGAUCCUGUUGUGGCGAUUGCUGCGUAUCAGUUUGGUGUGGCUGCUGCGCUUUGGUUCAAGAAGAGAAAGAGAUGGAACUCCGAACGAGACCUCAGCUUUCUGGCUACCAGAAUCCGGGCCAAAUGUCCUACCCAUAA